AUGCCUCCAAACGCGACGGGUGCCUCAGUGGACGACGGGGAGGUACAGAGGCACAGCGACCUCAUGUCCACUUGGUGGAGUCCACGCGGUGAGCUCAGAGGAUUGAUUUUCUUCAACGAGCUCAGGGUACCGUUUAUAGCCGAGAGCCUUGUUCCGAAAAAAAGCAGACAAUCUUCGUCGAAACCUUUAGCUGGAAAAAAAAUUCUAGAGGAGUUGGCGAAACUGGGAGCCGAGGUGACCGGAGUAGACCCGAGUAGUAAUCUGAUCGGAUUGGCACAAGAGCACAGCAAAGUCGAUCCACGGGUUGCUGCAAACAGACCGACGUAUCUCAACACGACCAUUGAGGAACAUUCUGCCAAAUUCCCCGACCACUACGAUGCAGUCAUAGCCUCUGAAGUGCUGGAGCACGUUGCCGACGUGAACAUCUUUCUCGAAUGCUGCGUGGCCGCUCUGAAACCCGGAGGAAAGAUUUUCCUCACCUCUCCCACCAGGACUCGCCUAGGACAGUUCCUAGUGAUGGUGGUUGGCAUUAUUUUGACAAUCGUUCCGAAGAACCUCAUGACGUACUCGAAAUUCACGAGGCCGGAUGAGAUCACGGACAUACUUGAAAGAAAUAACUGUGAAGUCGACGAGGUACGCGGGCUGUUCUACUAUCCCUUCAUAGACAAAUGGCAAUGGGUGUUCUUCAAAUCGCUUUGGUACCGCAGUGUAAUUCGUGCCUUUCGUGAGCAUAUUAUAUGCUUCGUUUGGAGGAGUUCAGUUUUGUGCGACCAUCUUUGCAGAAAUCUCGUCAGGGACAGAAUGUCUCACGAAAAGCUAAGCACCGUGGACGAAGGAGAAGUGAACCAUCAUGCCAACUUGAUGCAAUCGUGGUGGGAACCCAACGGUAGCCUUAAGGGAUUGCACAGUUUGAACAGGAUCCGGAUACCACUCGUGCUCGACGCUCUGACCACUCCCGCUCAACGAAGCGGUCCCAAGCCCCUCGCUAACAUUAAGUUAUUGGAUAUCGGAUGCGGUGGCGGGAUCGUCGCCGAGGCUCUAGCCAAGUUGGGAGCGCAGGUCACUGGAGUGGAUCCAAGCAGUAUUUUAAUAGAUUUAGCCAGAGAACACAGCAAAGUCGAAAAGGAGGUGGCGGCUAACAAACCUACAUACUACUGCACUACUAUUGAGGAGCACUCUGAACAUUUUUCCGAAUACUACGACGGCGUCGUAGCCACCGAGGUGGUAGACCACGUGGCAGAUGUCGAUCUGUUCUUAAAGCACUGUUGCGCUGUCCUGAAGCCGGGUGGAAAGAUCUUCAUCACCGCCCCGAACAGAACGCGUCUAUCCCAGUUUCUAGUAAUUUUUGUGGCAGAGAACAUAAUUAACAUGAUCCCGAAGGGGACGCACACUUAUGAGAAAUUCAUAAGGCCGGAGGAGGUGUCCGCCAUUCUUCAGAAAUAUGACUGCAAGGUAGACUGGACAUACGGAAUGUUCUAUCUUCCGUUCUUCGAUCGCUGGCUGUGGCUGUAUUUCCAGGCUAUGUGGUAUGGUCUCGUCGCUACAAAGGCACCCAAGUGA